AAUUACCCUUUUCUUUAUGCUGUUUUUUAUUUUUAUUUUAUUUUAUAAUUUUUUUCUAUGGUUUUAAAAAUGCCAUUUUCCCUUUCUGUUGUUCCUCCCUUUUUGGCGUGUGCAAAAAUUCCUAAAAAAAUCAUUAAAAAUAUUGAAUUCUAGGGCAUAUUCUUUCAAAACAGUUAUAUUUAUGCUUUCUUAAAACUCCAAUCUUUUUUUCACAAUUUUCCAUUUUGCAGGGUGCAUUUUACAGGAGAAUGAUUAUUGAAAAAAUUGUGGAUUACAGGGUUUUCUGCUAAUUUUUAGUAACUUUUUAAAGCUUUUUUGGUAAAUAUUUGAAUACCCUGCUUUCAGUUAUGUUGAAAAAUGCAAGCUUUGUCUUGUCUUGUGAGUUGUAAUUUUCAACUUGAGGGUUUCUUGCUAUUUAUAUUCAAGAUUGCAUAUUCAGAGCUAUUAUGUUUCAAGAUCAUUAAGUAUGGAUAAAGAGAAGUGUGUAGGGGGUUUAUUGCCUCCAUCAGGAAACUAUUUGCUCUUUUCGCCUUCCGGGAGUAGUUAUAGUGUAAAGUCAGAGCCAUCUGGAUCAUCAAAUUUACCUCCUUUAGGGCCUGUACCUGCUUCAGAACCAAAAGCAAACCAAUUUAGUCAUGAUAUUAGUCGAAUGCCAGAUAACCCACCUAAGAAUUUGGGUCAUCGACGUGCCCAUUCGGAGAUUCUUACACUUCCUGAUGAUAUAAGUUUCGAUAGUGAUCUUGGUGUUGUUGGUGGACUGGAUGGACCGUCUUUGUCUGAUGAGACCGAGGAGGAUUUCCUCUCUAUGUAUCUUGAUAUGGGUAAGUUUAAUUCUUCAUCUGCUACUUCUCCAUUCCAAGUGGGCGAGUCAUCUUCGGGCUCAUUGCAAGCUCCAGCAAUUGGGUUUACAGCUUCGAGGACUGACAAUGUUACUGCCGCUGUUAGUGAGAAGCCAAGAGUCAGACAUCAGCAUAGUCAGUCCAUGGAUGGUUCAACUAUAAUCAAGCCGGAGAUGCUUAUGUCAGGUGGAGAAGAUCCAUCUUCAGCUGAGACUAAGAAAGCCAUGUCCGCAGCAAAGCUUGCUGAGCUCGCUCUUAUUGAUCCGAAACGUGCGAAGAGAAUUUGGGCAAACAGGCAGUCAGCUGCCAGAUCAAAGGAAAGGAAGAUGAGAUAUAUAGCAGAGCUCGAGAGGAGAGUGCAAGCUCUGCAAACAGAAGCGACUUCUUUGUCUGCUCAGUUGACCCUGUUGCAGAGAGAUACAAAUGGUCUGAGUGCUGAAAACAAUGAACUUAAAUUGCGCUUGCAGACAAUGGAACAACAGGUGCACUUGCAAGAUGAUGCAGGUAUUAUACACCCGGUAGCGGGUUUUGAGCUGGUUGAAGCAUUGAAUGAUGCACUUAAGGAGGAAAUACAACAUCUCAAAGUGCUAACUGGCCAAGGCUUAGCAAAUGCUGGACUUAUGAUGAACUUUCCAGCAUACAAUAAUGGAGGCAAUCAGCAAUUUUACUCUAACAACCAUGCAAUACAUGCGUUAUUGACGGCACAACAGCUUCAACAACUCCAGAUACAUUCUCACAAGCAGCAACACCAGUUUCAGCACCAUCAGCUCCACCAGCAGCAACAGCAGGAACAACAAUUGCAGCAAGCUGGAGAUAUGAAAUUGAGAAGUUCAAGUUCAUCUGCUCAAAAUGACCAUGCUUCUGAUAACGGAAUGGAUUAAAAAGUGCAGACAGACAUGGCCGGACCAGGCAAUGAAGAGUUAGUGCAUGUUCGAGCCUUCAUGAUAUCAUAUAGCUCAGCUUUCUUUUGAUUAGCUUUCAUUAGCUACUCUCCGACGUUGUACUGCUCCCUAGGGUCUUGGUGAAAUUGUAGUUGAAAUUGCAAAGCUGCAUUCAUUUUGCAUGUCGUAUUUGACAUGGACUUGUUCAUAUAACCUGUAUCUUUAGGCUUAGUCCAUUUGUACUUGAAACACUAAGCACCUACUGUGCUUUCAGUGUAUCAUCUGUUCAGCACUGGAGUCAAUGUGUUUUGGUGGUAUCUCUGA